CUGGUUCAUAAGUUCGGCACAAAAGUCGACGGCGCAGCGCUAUAAAAAUAAUUAAAUUAAUUUAACGUAAUACCUAAAAAAUUGGCACGUAUAAAGACACAAGGAAAACAAUACCCUGAGUAUACGUAAUAACAUCACACUUUUGUGUGCGUCGCUAAAAUUAAAAAUUAUAAAAAAAUAAGUCUUUGUUUUGUCAGCAAAAAUGGAAUACUUUAGCGGCUCGAAGAAGUUAUUAUUAUUUAUAUUAGAGGAUUGGAAGUUACUCUUGUUUUUAACAACUCUGUUCGCAUUAUAUUUUUACUAUACGAAGAACUUCGACUUUUUCGAAAAGAAAGGGAUUCCGUACAAAAAGCCAGUGAUUUUCUUGGGCAAUUUGGGUCCCAGACUUCGAGGGACCCAAUCCUUCCACGAUUUUCAAUUAGAAGCAUAUAAUUACUUCAAAGGAAAUAGAUAUGGUGGUCUCUUUGAAGGGAGAAGACCUAUUCUAAGUCUUCUUGACCCUGAUCUAAUCAAAGUUGUUAUGAUAAGAGAUUUUGAUCAUUUCACUGAUAGAAUAUCAUUGAACAGCAAAGAACCAAAAUUUUGGAGCCGGUCACUGCUUAAUUUAAAGGGUGCAGAAUGGAAAGGUGUAAGAAGCACAUUAACACCAGUUUUCAGUUCCUCUCGUCUAAGAAAUAUGCUGCCUCUUAUUCAAUACUGUUCAAAUCAAAUGGUUGACUUUUUAAAGCAAUAUGACAAAAAAGACGUUGAGAUGAAGAAGACUAUAGGGCACUUCACGUUAGAAGUAAUUGGAACAUGUGCUUUUGGAAUAAAAUCAGAUUCCUUGACCGAUGAAAACGCACAUUUUUUCACCGUGGCUGAAAAGUACGAUUAUAUGCCUUUGCACAAAAGAUUGCUGUUAUUCUUCUUCCUGAUAUUCAUGCCACAAUUGAUAAAGUUUCUGAACUUCUCUUUUUUGAACCUGGACUCUGCAAAAGAGAUGGUAAGGAUCUUGAAAGCGGCGAAGGCUGAACGAAGAAAGUCGGGAGCAAAACAAAACGACUUCCUCCAAAUUCUAAUUGAUUUUUCCGAUAAAGAGAAAUCAGAGUCGGGGAAAACGAAAGCUGAUAUUCAUCUCGAUGAUGACACCAUUGAUGCGCAAUGCUUAUUGUUCCUGAUCGCCGGGUACGAGACAUCUAGCACUCUCUUAUCCUUCGCUAUCCACGUCAUGGCUACCAAACCGGAGUUACAGGAGAAACUCCGGGCUCAUAUUAAGGAAAUGACUGAAGGAAAAGAAGUGGAUUACGACCUCCUUGCUCAAUUACAUUAUCUGGAAGGAUUUUUACUAGAAACGUUACGCGUUUAUCCACCACUAGCCCGUGUGGAUAGAGUUUGCACGAAGCCAUACGUUAUACCUGGAACUAACAUCACGCUGAGCCCUGGCAACGUGGUCGCCAUACCUUUGUACGGUAUCCAUAUGGACCCUGAAUACUACCCAGAGCCGCAAGAGUUCCGCCCAGAGAGAUUCAUGAAUGAAGACAAGAAGGACAGAGCUUCACAUUUAUAUUUAGCCUUUGGUGCAGGACCUAGGAAUUGCAUUGGUCUACGCUUCGCCAUGCUGUCGGCAAAAUUAGCGAUGGUUGAGCUCUUAAAGAACUUUAAGUUUUCGGCCUGCGAGAAAACUGUGGACCCAAUACAGUUUGACAAGAGAUCGCUGUUGCUCAAAGCCCAAGGUGGCUUGUGGGUUCACAUUGAAUCGUUGUAAGGCAAAAUAUACCGUUUGGGUAUAAUUUUAAAAUGCAUAAUAAGUAAGUAGCUCGAAUGCACGACAUUAUAAACUGUCAACUUUAAAAAUACUCGAUAGUUACCAGUGUUUAAAGUACAAAUGAUUGAAAGUAUUGCUGUUCCUAAUAUGUUCAAGUAUAAUUCAGAGUUUAAUAUUAUAUAAUGAUUUGUUUGAUAAUGUGCAUUUGAUAACUUAUACAUGUGAAUAGAUUAAUGAGAACCUUUUCGGGUAGGUAAUUUACAAUCUAACCUACCAAUUCAUAGUAAUUUUGAAAAAAUACCAGUAUUAUUUUGAUUUUAGGUAACUAAAAAAAAUGGAUAGUAAUGAAAUUAAAUUAACGACAUGUAUUGGAAUAUUUUUUGAAGUAUUAUUAAAUAAGGCGUAAAUUAAAAAUUAUUCUGUAGCCUUAUUCAUUAGAUGAUGGUAUCAGAAUUAAACUCAAAAUAUAAAUGAGAUUAACGAAAA